AUGAGAACUAAUCAUUAAUACAAUUAUAAUUAUAAAUUAGACUAAAUAUUUUCCAGAGAAAAGUAAUUAUUAUUCUUAACAUUUAUAGGUCAUAUGAUCUUCAUUUAAAAAAAUUGAAUGAAAUUAAAACUAAAAAAACUUAAUCAUAAUCAAGAGUGUAACAUAUUGAAAUCUUAGAAAAAAGAAAUAAUAUUAGACAAUAAAGAAGACGUUUUGACCUUAGUGGUAAUAUUCAUCAAGAUUUUAUUAAAUUUAGAAUAAUCUGAACGUAUCAAUAAAGGAAACAGUUAAUUAUAUUAAAAAAUAACAGAAAUCUGCAAUAGACCAAUGCAAUUAGAUUACUAUAAAUGUGAAGAUGAAAAUCUACAUCAUCCUCAUAAUUUAAAUUUAACUUUUCGUAAACAAUAAGCUUAACAAAUAUAACAUGAAAAUAUUAAAUUAGCUGAUAGACUUAUGAACUAAGAACCAGUUUUAAAAUUAGAUGAGUUUUCUCAUUCUUAUAAAGAAAAUAAAAGAUUAAUGUAAAGACUAUAAAGACAUUAAUAAUUUUAAUAAUAUGUUAAUUCAAUUAGGUACUAUUAUAUCUAUUUUAGAAAUAAUUUGACUCAAUCUAAUCGUGAUACAACAAAUCAUAGUUCAAUAUCUUCUAAGAAAAAAGAAAGAAUGUAGUUAUAACCAAUAUUCAAGUAUAUAAUAAUUAUUUUUUAAAUCUAGUGUUAAGAAUAAAUCUAUUGAUGCCGUUGAAUUGGAGAAAAUUAAUUAUUUAAUUAAUUAACAAGAUGAAUCUAUCAUAAAAGAAUUAUAAGAAAAUUAAUAAUAAGUGGAAAUGAAUUAGACAAAAUAAGAAUUGUCUGAAAUAACUUAACUUAAAGAGGAAUCCUAAUUAGAAACUAUUAGACAAGAAGAUAUUGUGGAAAACUAAAUCUAGUAAUAGAUUGAUAAUGAAGUUAAAUUAUAAAGUGAUGAUAUCGAUUAAUAAUGA